AUGGCGACCGGGAAGCCCCUCCCCGCGGCCCUGAAGCGCGAGCUUCAGGGAUGGUACAUCUACGACUUCGCGAACAGCGCGUUCUUCCAGAGCGCGGGCGCGGUCUUCAUCCCGCUGCUCGUGGACGCGAUGGCGACGGAGUACGCGUGGCACCGCCAGGGCGCGAGCCGCCCGGAGACCUGCGCCGACCUCGCGGACGCGGGCGAGACGCAGACGAACUGCCUGCGAUGCGUCGAGGGCGACGGCGACGUCCUCGUCACGGCCAACGCGGACGGCUCGGAGACGCACGCGGAGCUCGACGUCCUGAAGCUCCCGGGCGGGAUCAACCCGACGAGCUUCCUCUUCACGUGCAUCGCGCUGAGCGUGUUGUUCCAAGCCAUCGCGUUCGUCACUGUCGGCGCGCUCGGGGACUUCGGGAACCACCGGAAGCGAGGGCUCGUCGUCUCCGCGACGACGGGCGCGAUCGUCACGUGUUUCUACGUCGUGCCCCCCGCGAAAGAGGACGGGUCCCUGUACUGGCUCGGCGGCGUGCUCAUCAUCAUCGCGAACGUGUGCCUGGGCGUGAGCGUCGUGUUCUACAACAGCUAUCUGCCGCUCAUGGUGGACGACGCGCCCGCGGUGUCGGAACUCGAAGCCGCCGCCGCCGCCGCCGCCGCGACCGCCGCCGCGGAGUCGGGGGGCGGGGGCGGGGGCGGGGGCGACGACGACGACGACGACGCCGACGCGUUCGAGACGGGCGCUCGGGAAGCGACGCGCGCGGCGCAGGAGGUGGUCGGGAGCGAGUACAGCGGCAAAGGGCAGGCGUGGGGAUACGUCGGCGGUCUCGCGGCGUUGACGCUGUCUCUUCUGAUCGCCGUGGCGAUGAUCUCCGCGGGCGCGUCCACGUGGUGGGCGCUCGGCGUCGGCGCCGCGCUCAGCGGCGUGUGGUGGCUCGUCUUCGGGAUCGUCUCGUUUCGAAGGCUCCCGCCGCGCCCGGGCCCGCCGCCGCCCGAGGAGUACCGCGGCGCGAGGCUGCUCUUGAUGGGGUGGAUUCGCACCGCGACGCUGUUGAAAAAGGUGUGGCGCAAGUCGCGGCCGACGGCGCACUUCCUCGCGCUGUACUUCGUCUUCAGCGACGGGUACUCGACGAUCGCGACGGUCGCCAUCUUGUUCGCGUCCAGGGAGCUCUGCAUGUCCGUCGUCGAGCUCGCGACGUUGGCGGUCAUCGUGCCUCUGUGCGCGGCGGCGGGCGGGUACCUGUGGAUGCGGUUCAAGGCGCGUUCUAUACACUGGUCCCCAUACGACCCCGUUCGCGUGGCGCGAGCGAAGUGGUCGAACAAAGCCGUGCUGGUCUUGAACCUGUUCCUGCUCUCGUGGCUCCCGCUGUGGGGGUGCGUCGGGUUCUUCUCCGACGACUUCGGCCUGCGGACCAAGUCCGAGCUGUACGUGCUCGCCGUGUGGUUCGGCGCGAUGCUCGGAAGCGCGCAGGCGUACGGCCGCGCGCUCUUCUCGGAGCUCAUCCCGGUCGGUCACGAGGCGGACAUGUUCGCGCUGUUCGAGAUCACGGACAAAGGGAGCUCGUGGCUGGGGCCUCUGGUCGCGUCGCUCGUGCUGCAGUACACGGGGAAGGUGCGGCCGGUGCUGAUAUACUUGUUGGUCGCGAUGGUCAUCCCCGCGGGGCUGCUGCAUCGGUUGGAUCUGAGGGAGAGCAUCAAAGCCGCGCGGCAUCCGAAGGCGGGAGAGGGUGUCAUGGAGGGAGACGACGACGACGACGACGACGACGGCGGCGGCGGCGGCGGCGAGAAAGCGAAAGCGCGAUGUUAG